AUGCUGGGGCCUCUCGAGUCUCGGUGCUUCACCUACCUGCCCAGCACGUGGACCGAGGGGAACCGCACCCUGUCGAAGCCCUUCGUGUUCCAGUGGUGCCACAAGGGCCGGUCGACGGUGCGCGCGGAGGGGGGCCGAAUGCCGCCGCAACUCGAUUUCGGCAUGAGCGACGAGACAACGGUGACUCUCGGGCCGGUCAUUCCGGGUGUGGGGGAGGAGGACGACGACGACGAGGAGGACGACGAGGGAGAGGAGGGUAUUCGGGCGUCCCGCUUUUAUCCGGCCGUGGCGCAACACUUCUCGGGCGACGUCCCUUGCUCGAGACCCGUCGGCGGCGGCGUGCAGGAGCAGGCGGGCGAGGGGGAGGAGGGGCCAGGGGCCGGGCCGGCGUGGGUGGGAGGGGCGGGGGUUGCGAGGAGGAGCGAUAGUGGCGGGAGGCAUGAUACUGUCCGGGCGGAGGAGGAGGAGAAAAAAGGGGGGGGGGGGGGGGGGGGUGAUGGCGAGGAAGGGGACGAGGAGGGGUGCGUCCACCUGGUUGCAUCGGUCUGCACGCGUCUCCUCUGCCCGGCUUACCCGGAGGUUGAUGAGCCUAGCCGCGCCAGCGGAAGACACAGCCGCAGACUAGAAGGGGCCAAGACACGCGGCAUGUUGGUAGAAGGUGAUGCGUACGAGACUCCUCCGCCGAAGCCGUUCGUGUCGCGGCAACAGCGGGGUUUCCUUGAGUACGACAGGCGGCAGCCAAUGAGCCGAGACAGACGCCUCGAGCUCCGGGAGGAAAUCCGGGAGAUGUUCAUCCACUCGUACGACGGAUACAUGAGACACGCCUUUCCCGGGGGGGAACUCCUGCCGCUUUCUUGCGGAUCGGGCGAGCUCCACCUCGUUAAGGUGCCCCUGGUUACCUUGGUGGACAGCCUGGACGCUCUGGCCAUCAUGGGCAACGCCACCGAGUUUCGGAGGGCCGUACGGCUUGUCUCCGACGGCCUCGACGUGGAGGCAGAUGUAGACGUGUCCGUGUUCGAGAGCAACAUUCGGAUUCUGGGUGGCUUGCUUUCAGCUCACCUUCUCGCGACAGACCCGGACCUCGGCCUCUACCGCAGCCGAAGAAGAGGGAGGGGCGCAGACGGCGGUGGUGGCCGGUGCGUUGGAGACACCGGCAACGGUGUUCGCGUCUCCGAUAGAGGGGGGGACGCGGCUGGGGAAAGGAGUGUCGGUGGAUGCGGCCGAGGCCGGGAGUCGGACGAGAAGGGGGGGUUCCGUGGACUGGACGGUGGCUGGUCCGAAGAAAUCGGACACAGGGCGGAGGAGGGGGAGGGAGAGAGCGGCGAACAGCAGUACGAUGGAGAGCUGCUGGUGCUGGCGGAGAGGCUCGGGCGACGCCUGCUGCCGGCCUUCAAAACCCCAACAGGUAGUUACGGGGGCUGCGACAUCACACUCAGCUGUCAGAUAUGUUCAAGCGACAAGCGUUUUCGGAGAGGGGAGCGGACCAUUUAG